AUGGCUUAUCCUGAGGAGCAAGGAGGCAGCCCCGGUGGGUUCAUCCGCCAGAACUCCGGCAGCUCCGUUUCCUUGGACUUCGAGCACCACACUGAGUACCGGUUUGUGGAGCAGUUGGAAGAGCGGUACAAGUGUGCCUUCUGCCACUCGGUGCUUCACAAUCCCCAUCAGACAGGUUGUGGGCACCGCUUCUGCCAGCACUGCAUCCUGGCGCUGAGAGAAUUAAAUGCAGUGCCACUCUGCCCUGUAGAUAAGGAAGUUAUUAAAUCCCAUGAGGUGUUUAAGGACAAUUGCUGCAAAAGGGAAGUCCUCAACUUAUAUGUGUAUUGCAAAAAUGCUCCCAGGUGUAACGCCAAGAUUACUCUGGGACGAUAUCAGGACCACCUUCUGCAGUGCUUAUUUCAAGCUGUGCAGUGUUCCAAUGAGAGCUGUCAGCAGUCAGUCCUCCGGAAAGAUCUGAAAGAGCAUCUGAGCGCCGACUGCCAGUUUCGAGAGGAAAAAUGCAUUUAUUGCAAAAAGGAGGUGGUCGUCAUCCAUCUACAGAAUCACGAAGAAAACUUGUGUCCCGAGUACCCAGUGCCUUGUCCCAACAAGUGUUCGCAUGUUAUUCCCAGAUCUGAGGUGGACAAACACCUGGCUGUGUGUCCUGAGGCGGAGCAAGACUGUCCUUUCAAGCACUAUGGCUGUCGUGUAAAGGGUAAACGGUUAAACCUGAAGGAGCAUGAGAACUCAGCCUUACGGGACCACAUGCUUCUCGUUUUAGAAAAGAACUUGAAAUUAGAAGAACAGAUCUCUGACUUACAUAAGAGCCUAGAACAGAAAGAAAGUAAAAUCCAGCAGCUCACAGAAACUGUAAAGAAAUUCGAAAAGGAGUUCAAGCAGUUCACACAGCUGUUUGGCAAAAACGGCAACUUUCCCUCAAACAUCCAGGUUCUUGCCAGUCACAUUGACAAGUCGGCUUGGCUAGAAGCUCAAGUGCGUCAGUUAUUACAGAUGGCAAACCAGCAACAAAAUAGACUUGAUCUGAGGCCUUUGGUGGAAACGAUUGAUACAGUGAAAGAGAAGAUCACCCUGCUGGAAAGCAAUGAUCAAAGAUUAGUUGUCCUGGAAGGGGAGACGAGCAGACACGACGCCCACAUCAAUAUCCACAAAGCACAGCUGAAUAAGAACGAAGAGCGGUUCAAGCUGCUGGAAGGCGCCUGCUACAAUGGCAAGCUCAUCUGGAAGGUGACGGACUACGUGGCGAAGAAGAGAGAGGCGCUGGACGGGCACACGGUGUCCAUCUUCAGCCAGCCCUUCUACACCAGCCGGUGCGGCUACCGCCUCUGCGCCAGAGCCUACCUCAACGGGGACGGCUCCGGGAAGGGCACGCACCUGUCGCUGUACUUCGUGGUGAUGCGAGGGGAGUUUGACUCCCUGCUGCAGUGGCCGUUCCGGCAGAGGGUCACCCUGAUGCUGCUGGACCAGAGUGGCAAAAAGAACCACAUCGUGGAGACCUUCAAGGCCGACCCCAAUAGCAGCAGCUUUAAGCGUCCCGACGGGGAGAUGAACAUUGCCUCCGGCUGCCCGCGCUUCGUGGCUCACUCCGUCCUGGAGAACGCCAAGAGCACCUACAUCAAAGAUGACACCAUCUUCUUGAAAGUGACAGUGGAUUUAACUGACCUGGAGGAGCUCUAG